UUGUCCCAAACAAAAGCCAAGAAUAAGGAAAAGAGAACAGGAAACCAGUAUUUCGAGGAAAUAUUCUCGAUUUUCAUGUAGGGGAGAGAAAUCAGACAUAACUAUGAGUGAUAAUCAGGAUGAACCUAAAAGAGGAGACAGUGAGGUAGAUGCUAAGGUUGGAGAUAGUCAGAUGGAUUCCAAAGGAGGCUAUGACCAAGCUGAUGCUGCAGGGUAUCCAGAAGACCGUUCUUCUCAAAGGAAACCAACUUCUCAAGAUUUAAAAACACACGUAUCUGUAAUCACAGAGAUUGCAGAUAUAAGGGAUGAAGAAUUUAAUUCACAAACCUAUAAAUCAUGUGAAAAUGUUGGGAAAGCAGUUAUUGUUAGUAAUUUUAUGGAUGGCUAUACACCAAAAAAUAAUAGAGAAUUGGCUACCAGGGUGUAUGCCAAGGGCGAUUGUGAGAAGCUAGAAGGAGCACUAAAAAGGAUUGGAUUUCAACCUUUGGACAAAGAUCAAGACAGUAUGGUAUACAAAAAUCUGACAAAAAGUCAGUUUGUUGCCCUAUACAGUAAAGCUGCAAAAGAAACCAACUACAGACCUAAAGGAGGUGAAGGAUAUACCUGUGUACUGUUUUUUGUCAUGUCAUAUGGGAGAUCAGGAUUGAUAAGGUGUCAUGCAGAGCCAGGAGAAAAAGGGGAGCAUCCAUUUGUAGAACAAAAGCACCUGCAGGAAGCCUUCCAACCACAAAAUAAUCAUUCACUGGCCUUGAAGCCAAAGUUGUUUAUUAUCCAGACUAUUCCUGAAGCAACAUCUGAGGCAGAUGCAGCAGGUGGUAUUGAAGUUACAACCACCAAGAGGAUACCAAGAGAGGCAGAUUUUUUGACAUAUGCCUGUGAUCAGUAUUGUAUAAAAGGUAAGGAUGAGAAUAUCUUUAUCAACUCUGUAGUGCAUGUUUUAAACAAUCUAGCUAAGGAGAAAGAGGAGAGGAAGCCUGCUUUGGAGAUUCAGAAAGUUUUAAUAAGAAUGAACAAGGAGUACAAAGACAAUAGAUCAUACAGAACUUGGAAAUUGCCUUGUGUUACAUCUUCUCUUACAAAACAGUUGAUCCUGUUUUGAUUUCAACAUAAAGUGAAAAACUUCUAACAAUGGAAACAAAACAAAAAAAACUUUUCUCUAGUUUUUAAAAAGAAAAAAACAUUGGUGUGUACUUAUUUGACCCAUUUUCUCUGUUUUUAAAAUGAAUAACAAUUUGUUUAAUUAUUUUUCACAUAAUUUAGUUCUAAACAGUAAUAUGAAGGUUUUAUUGAGAAGGUCCAAGGGAUAUAAAUUUAAGUUUAUGCCAUAUCCAUAAGGUCCAAGAAAUGUGAAUGCCAUCCAUAAUAAAAAAAAAAACUUUACUUAGAAACUUUAAAGUGAUUAGGACAUUAGAUUUUUACUUUAUCUCAUUUUAUUUCACUGCUAAUGUGGUAUUAUAUUGGUACAUGCAUCAUGCACUAUUGAAUUUUAAAAGUUGACACAUGCUGGUAUGCAUUUUCUUGAACAUUAUUGCAGCUCAUGAAUUAAAGUAAACAUUUCUAUAUAGAGCCAAUUGACAAAUUAUCAACAAUUUUUUCUUUGUUUUUUUGUUGUGUAAUGAUGGUAAGGAUUAUUAAAUUCUUUUGGGUUUCACUAGACUUUCAUCUUUUUUGUAAAGACUUGUGUUCCAGAAACAUAUUUUAUUCAAAUAUGUAAAUGACAUGUGUUACAGAAAUGUAAUUUUUAUAUUUUGUACAUGUAUGAGAUAGGCACAGCUGCAAUGGGAUUGUCCAUCCACCCAAUAGUAGUUGAUUGUUAUAUACAGAUGUAUAUAUUUUUAUACAUAAUUAUUUAACUUGACUUUUCAUGGUUUUUAUAUGAAAUAUUGAUAUCAAUAAUUAUUGUUGUCAUUAAUUGGCAUUGUUCAUUAUCCAUUGUAAGCUUUUUCAAGAUAGUCAACUUUAAAAUUGUUUUAACAAUUUAAUACAUAUAUAAGUUUCACAUGAUUUAUCCUAAGGAUAUCUGGAUUAUAGUUUGUAAAUUAUUUUGUUUCUAUCAACCAACAUUGUCAUAAUGGUUGAAAAUAUUAUGAUAAAAGGGUAAAAUGAAAAUAACAGCCUAUACUGUAAAUUCAGAAAUUAUUGUGUGCAUUUAUUAUUUCGAUUUUUGAAGAAUGGACAAAAAUUAGAGAUUGACCAUUGCAGGUUAGUUUCAGGAAAAUCUGCAUACAGAUAUAUGUCACCCAGUCGUAUUAUUCGCAAUAAUUUCUGAACUUACACAUUUAUUGCACUCAUUAUCUUUUUCAUAGAAUAUUUAAAGUUGUCAUUAAUUGUGUAAUUCAAUAAGGAAACUUUUUCUGUGUUAUUUCAUCGAGUUUAUUAUUCACCGACCAUGCCCUCGUGGGUAGUCAAGGUCGUUAAACACCUCCCUAGUAAUAGAGUUUAUUGAAAAGUAAGAAAAAAAUGAUAUGAUUUGUAUAGAUGUUGAUUUAUAUGUUACUAUGAUCAUAGUGCUUAACUUGAGUAGCUCACUACAGAUUUAUAUUUUAUUUUUACUUAUGUUUGAAGGUUAAGAUUACCUAUAAAAUUGUGCAGGCAUAUGAUAAACUAUAUUUAAUACAUUGAUUACAUACUAGAUAAUACAAUGGGAUAAUUAUAUGGCUAUCAUUGUUAUUGAUUUACCAACACAUUGUCAGUAGAUUGUUUUACCAUGAUAUGUUAUUAAAUGGAAAACAUUCAUUGAAAGGACUCAUUUCAAGGUGGCAAUCUUAUCAAAUAUCUAACAUUAUCUGCACAUUAAUAAGUUGUGAAGUCAAGACAUAGCUUACUUACAUCUGUCAUUGGUGUCAGUGUUAUUUACAUUUAGUAUCAGUCUGCGGUUCAAGAUUGAUAGACAUCAAUAACUUUGUCAAACCUUAAUAAAAUUGUUAGAAACUUGUACGAGGGUAGGAAUCCUACCUCACAUGUGGCGUUUCUUACACACACUAUUGGAGACCUAAAAGCUGGCUUCACAGUAAGUUGUCUAUGUAUAAAUCCUAAGAACAUUGUUUUUAUGCAAUAAAAUGUUGUGCAAAGAUUUUUACCCUAUGAUAGUUAUAACCAUAAGUUUUAAAUUCACAAACAAAUUGCUAUGUUUCUCAAACACUUACACACAGGUGUCGGAUCAGAAGUGUUCUUGGUCACAUUUUCUGUCAAUAUAUCUGAAAUAAAAGAGUUAUUAAAGGA